AUGGCGCAUGGAGAGGGACCAUUAAUAUCUGUGGAUGCCGUUGAGAACUGGUGGCCGAAUGGUUAUGGAAAGCAACACUUGUACUAUUUAAAUACCACUGUGACAACGGCGAACAGUGUUCUAUACAAACGGAUUCGUAUAGGCUUCAGAACGGUCGAGCUGGUGGAAGAACCUCUGAAGAAAGGAUUAAGUUUUUAUUUUCGCAUAAACGGCAUACCGAUAUUCGCUAAAGGCAGCAACUUCAUUCCAGCCAGUAUCUUCCCUGAACUAGGCGCGAAAGAAGACACCAUCAGACACUUGUUAUCGUCCGCCAGAGAGACGCAUAUGAAUAUGCUGAGAGUGUGGGGCGGUGGUGUUUACGAGUCAAAAUUAUUUUACGACUUGGCCGACGAAUAUGGGAUUAUGAUUUGGCAAGAUUUUAUGUUUGCGUGCGCUAUGUAUCCCUCGAGCGAUUCAUUCUUGAAGAGCGUAAAAGAAGAAAUAUUGCAAAACGUAAUACGUUUGAAAAAUCAUCCAAGCAUUGUUCUUUGGGCUGGCAAUAACGAAAAUGAAGUAGCACUUGAUGAUAAUUGGUAUGGCACUGGUUCCGCUCAGGUAUAUGGAGAGGAUUACGUGAAACUUUACGUGAAUUUAUUGAAGAUGGAAAUGGAGAAAUUAGAUCCUAUAAGACCAUUCGUCGUAUCUAGUCCGGGCAACGGAGCGUAUGAAAAAACUUAUAAUUAUAUUGGAGGAAAAGAUCCUUAUUCGAAUCUUUAUGGCGAUGUUCACUAUUAUAACUACUUCAGAAAUGGAUGGGAUAUCACUCAAUAUCCUCGGACAAGAUUUUGCUCCGAGUAUGGAGUUCAAUCUUGGCCAUCGAUUUACACGAUAUUAACUGCUGUAGAAAGCAUAGAAGAUCUUCAUAUCAACAGCGACUUCGUGAAACACAGACAACAUCAACCAUUCGGCAAUCAAUUUAUGUUCCUGCUGAUCUGGUACAACUUUGCUGUACCGCAAAGUAACAAUAGCAUUCGAGAUUUCGCGAGUUAUGUAUAUCUUAGUCAGAUCAAUCAAGCUGUUUCUAUAAGGAUAGAAACAGAAGCGUAUAGGCAAGCCAAGUCCGAGGUGAAUUCCAUAGGUGAGGGUAUGACAAUGGGAGCUCUCUAUUGGCAGUUGAACGAUGUCUGGCAAGCUCCUUCGUGGUCGUCCAUAGAUAUCGAAGGUCGUUGGAAAAUGCUCCAUUAUUACGCCCAGGAUUUCUUCGCGCCUAUUAUCGUUACAUCAUAUUUAUCCCUCUUCAAUAAACUCUCAAUAUAUGUAGUAUCUGAUCGGUUGUACACCUUAACAAAUUGUACAGUAAAACUUCAUGUUUAUAAAUGGGAAUCUAUGAAACCUAUAUCCACAUUAUUCUUCAAUAAUAUUGUAAUAGAAUCUAAUAAAGCCAUGAAAGUUACAUCUUUUUGGUUAGACAUAUUCCUGCUUCAAGCGGGUUGUGGAUUAUUGAAAUUCAGAAGAUCUUGCAUAGCCACUUUAUUCCUCACGGAUGAAUCUGGAUCCUUAAUCGCGCCAGUUAAUUACAUAUAUCCUAAUGCGUUAAAGAAUGCAAAUAUACCAGUAGCCAAUGUCACAAUGAAGGUCGAAGAGAAUUAUUUACCUGGGAAGUUUUCCAAUUCUGCAGAUUUCAAAAUUGUAUUAUCGACAGAUAAUAUAACACUAUUUGUAUGGUUAGAAGUGGGCAAUAUACGUGGCCGUUUUUCGGAAAAUGGAUUUCAUAUGUUUGUAAAGAAGAAGGAAAUUAUUUUUCAUGCGUAUGAAGCAACCACAAUUGAAUUAUUGCAGAGCAAUAUAAAACUCACACAUCUAUCAGACAUUUACAAUGCACAAAGCAAUUUUGAGUUUGACUAUACUUUGCCAAAAAGACAAAUUUAGAUUAAUUAUGCAUAAAAUUUCCUAGUGUAAUUGCAUAGGCAUUAAGAAUUACUAUAACAAUUGUAUAUACUUUGUGAUAAUUACUACAGAUCAAAUUUUGUUGAUAACUAUUUUUUAUUCGAAUAUGUUUCGUAUUUUCAAACUGUUCUUGAUAGAAAGUAAGUGUCGUAGUAUGAGUAAAUUUAAUAUUCAAUAAGAAUUAUAAUAAGCACAUCAAUUAUAUGUGAAAUAAAUCAUUUUUAUAACCGCA